GUAGGUGGGGGGUUUAGUUGAGUUACAAACCCAAAGUGUAAUUUAACCUAUUUAUCAUAUUAUUGUUUCGUUUUGAGAGAGAUCGGCAUAGAACCGAAGCUUUUGAGGGGAAACUUACACAGAGAAGCUCGGGCGGGGAAGGAGAUGGCGGGUGCAUUUUGGGGGACACGGGUAUUGGAGAUUGUGAAGAAGCAUGAUUCGGGAGGUUUAGUCUGGAAGAGAAUCAAGCUCACCACAACUCGUAAAGCCAACGCCAAAAAAAGGCUUCAUCGCGUUUGGCAGAAUGAAGCUGUUUUGAAGGCAUGCUCUGAGCCACCUCCGCCGAAAUCUUCAGGAGAUAAUAUUAGUCAAGUUGAAAAAAAUGAGUAGAACUCCGUAGGAUCCAAAAGAGUUUAGCAACUUCAGCAUUGCAGUGCCAAAUUUUCCCCUUAUCUGGGCUUUUUAGAAAGGAAGAGUGAGCUUUUAGUAGACAUGAGUGAUCUCAAAAGUUUUCAUCUUCGUAUGUAAGUGAUGACACACAUACACUAGUGUGGAAUUGCUGCCUGGAGUUUCACAUAAUUUCUAUUUGUUUUUGUUAUUUGAAUUAAUGUGAUUAGUUUUUCUUUUUCCCGAUC